GACAAAGACUGCAUUGACGGAGGCGACUCGCACAAGUGGAAGACCUCGCAGAGCAGAAGGUCUCAGAAUUGAGCAGCCGUGGAGAGCCGUGCUCCUGGAGUCAGAGCUUCAGCGUCUCACGUCACGAUGAAGCUGUCGCUGCUUUUGGCCGCCUUCUUCCUGCCUCUCAUGAGGGCUCAAGUUCCCCACUGGGGUCCGUGUCCGGAGCCGACGGUCCAGACUGCCUUCAAUCUGAGACAGUUCAUGGGCCGCUGGUUCGAAGUGGCCAAACUUCCUGCUCAGUUUGAGAAAGGUCGCUGCAUCGAGACCAACUUCACGCUGCGCACCGACACCUCCUUUACCGCGGUCAGCUCCGAGCUCUUGAAGGGCGAGCUGAGGAAAAUAGAAGGCGUCGGAGUGGUGGAGGACCCCAAGAACCCGGCCAAACUGGGGAUCAGCUUCUCCUACGUGCUGCCCUACUCCCCCUACUGGGUCCUGUCCACGGACUACGUCAACUCGGCUCUGGUCUACUCCUGCACCGACAUCCUGCGCCUCUUCCACGUGGACUUCGCCUGGAUCCUGAGCCGAAGCCGGACCCUGCCGGAGUCCACCAUCCAGAAGUCCCUGGAGGUCUUCUCCAACAACAACAUCGACGUCACCCGCAUGGUGACGAGCAAGCAGCAGGGGUGCGACAAGACGCUCUGAGCGCCGUGCAGUGACCAGGGCCGGCCACACGAUGGCGCUGACGCAGACAGUAGAGCAGUCUCUGGCGUGGCAAUGGCGCUGUUGUGCGUGAAAGAUCAAGCGGAAGCUGAGGACACGCGGCUUCUCAUUAGCGCCAA